AGCUGAGUGCCUGCAUUCGAGAUUAGAAUCUGUGGGUGCAGCAUCGAACACAGACACUUCGCUCGUCUGACGCGGACUUUGUGCUUCAAGUUGACUUCAACGUGUGAACUCCUCUACAGCAAUGGCAGCAACUCUGAGCGACGCAAAAAAGAAGACCUACAAAGAAAAGUUCAACAAGUUCGACAAAAAUGGCGACGGUAAGAUGAGCAAAGAUGAACUGCGUGGAUUACUGAAGUCGCUGAAUCGAAGCCCUACAGAUGCCAACCUGAAGAAGGUCAUGGGAGACGUCGACAAAAACAAGAGUGGUUUCAUUGAGUACGACGAGUUCGUCCAGUUGAUGAUCGACAUUGACGCAGAUAUUGACAAAAGACUGCAGACAACCUUCAAUGGAUAUGACACCGACAAAAACGGAUUCAUCACUCCUGACGAGCUCAGCGCAGCCUACGUAGACAUGGGCAUCGAUAUGUCCACGGAGGAGUUGCAGAGUGAGAUCAAAAGCGUGGAUCUGAACGCCGACGGCAAACUGAACUUCGAAGAGUUCAAGAAGCUGUUUGGACGUGUGUAAUAAGGCAGUGGCAAGUAUCCAGGGUUUCCAGUAAAUCCUGAGAUCACGUGAUCAAACUCCAAGAUGGCGACUAGCCCACUGUAGAGUAAUUAACAAUUAUAAUUAGGGGUAGUAUAUGAGCAUGCCGAGACUGACUUAGUUCUGAAUUGGUAUCCAUACGCGCAUGCGUGCUUGUGGAGACUAUUGGCAUAUUACGAGGGGCUAUUUAGCUAAACCAUCUCGGUAGUGUUGUUUUUUAAGGUUUCAAUAACUCAGUCCAGAGAAGUAGUCUCGUAAAGGAUAUCUCGAUAAGAGACCAAAUAAUGCUUGAGCUCUGCAUACUACACUCCUAAUUUGCCAAACUUCCUCAUAUUAACUUUUUAUUAUGCACCUAACCUCACAAAAUGUCAAAUAUCACAAAAGUAGGCUUAAAUAAUAGGAGGACUAGUGAGCUUUUUAAUACGAUACAUAAGUCGUUUACUUAAAUAGAUGCAAGGUUUAUGCAUUUGAUAAUCAAAACAUAACUAUAAAAAAGGUACAUCCUACGCUAGCUUUAGAUUGAUUGUUUAAAUUUCGGGGUCAAGGUUCGAACGACCAUAGAAAAUCCACUCAAUACAAUCCAUUCCAAUUUGACCCCAUGAAACCAUAAGCCAUCAGUAACAAGACAUGAAGGGCUCCCCCAUCGGUGACUCAAGCUCUACAUAGGUUAUACACAUAUCUAGAUGUUUACAAUGGUGUUUGUUGGUGUAGAAUGAAAUAGUCUGACGUAUAGUUUACUAGGCCUAUUUUAUGGCGCUUAAAAAAUAAUCUAAUGUUACAAAAAGGAAGUCAGUUUAAAAAAUAGUCUCAGUUUUUAUAAUGUGGUUCUUUUAUCAUUUGAAAUGGUUAAAGUUUAUCUCUAAAGUCUGUUUAUCCGUUGCUAACACUCGUAUUUAAUGAUGGUAUUUUCAGUUGAAGUUAUAUGAAUUUAUUUGCCAUUUAACACACCCAAUACUUACAAAACAAGUUUGCGAUCCCGUUACUUAAACUCUGAACAAAUUGCCUCCCUUCGCAUAUAGGGAAUGCAUUUAAGGUAACAUUAUUGAAACCAUUUUCACUCUUUAAGAAAAAUUAUUAUUUUUUUUUUUACAUAAUCUAACCAGCCUCGACUCCAUGGCCGAGUGCACGUUUUUUUUUCACUGAGAUCGCGCAAGGUUUGAUAGGAACCAACAUGGCGCAGCACUCGUACCAUAGAAACGAGGUUGCAAUCUAACUUGAUGAGAUGGCAGUUAUUUUAAGAAAUAAAUACAUUAUGAGGUGUAUUAAAAGUUGUGGAAGAUGCAAAAUUUGGGCCUUAAGUUUCGGUAAAUACAUACCAGCUAAAUAAAAAGAGGGUUUAAAAGAGAUGUAUUUUCACAGCUCUAUUUUAA